AUGACGACCCGUAUAGCUCCCGGCGUCGGAGCAAAUCUACUCGGCCAACACUCCGCCGAGAGAAACCAAGACGCUACUGCCUACGUAGGCAAUCUCGACCCUCAGAUAUCAGAGGAAUUACUAUGGGAGCUUUUUGUUCAAGCUGGUCCCGUAGUUAAUGUGUAUGUUCCGAAAGAUAGAGUUACUAACCAGCAUCAAGGUUAUGGAUUUGUUGAAUUUCGGAGUGAAGAAGAUGCUGAUUAUGCUAUUAAGGUACUUAACAUGAUUAAACUUUAUGGAAAACCAAUUCGUGUAAAUAAGGCAUCCCAAGAUAAAAAGAGCUUGGAUGUCGGGGCAAAUCUUUUCAUUGGAAAUCUGGAUCCUGAUGUAGAUGAGAAGCUCUUGUAUGAUACUUUCAGUGCAUUUGGAGUUAUUGUUACUAAUCCAAAGAUCAUGAGAGAUCCUGACACAGGGAAUUCCCGAGGCUUUGGCUUCAUAAGCUAUGAUUCAUUUGAGGCGUCUGAUUCAGCUAUUGAGGCAAUGAAUGGACAGUAUCUUUGCAAUCGUCAGAUUACAGUGUCAUACGCUUAUAAGAAAGACACUAAAGGUGAAAGGCACGGUACUCCCGCAGAAAGAGUUUUGGCUGCAAGUAAUCCAACUGCACAAAAGAGCCGGCCUCAUACUUUAUUUGCCAGCGGGCCACCAACACUUCCCAAUGCUCCUCAAGCUAAUGGUACCAUUCCUGCUCCAGUGCCACCCCGCCCCUUCGCUAAUGGCGUUGCCCCACCUCCUAUUCCUGUCAUCCACCCCCCACCUCCUCAAGCCGCAGCCUUUCAGCCUAUGCAGAUGCCACCACCUGGACAACAAGUAUGGCAUCAGCAGCAGCAAGGUCAACCGAUGAUGCAACAUGGAAUGCCUCCUCCUCCAAUGCAGCAUUUUAGACCACCUCACUCAAUGCAGAUGCCACCGCCACCUCCACAAGGUAUUCAGGGACCUCCAAGGCCACUUCCACCACCAUCAGUAAUGGCAGGCCAGCAGCAAUCUGUUUGGAGACCACCACCACCACCUCAGCAACAGGGUGGACAUCCUAUGGGAUAUCCUCAAUCCUCAAUGCCGCCACCACCACCUCCCAAUCACCAUGGAAUGCGACCACCUUCAGGUUAA